UGUCAACAACCUUGUUACAGUGUAUGUUAAAUAAUGUUAAAGUAUAUUUUUUUAGUAACUUUUGCAUGUGCAAGUGCAAAAUUUAGAUUUGAUAAUUAUACGCUUUAUAAAAUAUUGCCAGAAAAUGAACGACAUAUAUCUUUACUGCGAGGCCUGCAAGAAGAUGCAAGAUUUGAUUUUUGGACAGAUCCAUCGCCUCUCCUAAAUUUUGUUAGUGUUUUGUCUAGUCCUGGCUAUAAGCACGAAUUAGAAAAUUUUCUGAAUGAGAAUGAUAUUCAAUUCACUAUUUCUUUACCUGAUGUACAAGAUGCUAUAUCUAAAGAAAAAAUUGGCAGUUACGUAAGAAGUGAACCAAACUCAAUGAGAUGGGAUACAUACUAUAAAAAUGAAGAUAUUAAUAAUUGGUUAGAUAGUUUAGCGACUGCCUAUCCGAAUAUAGUUACAGUAAUAGUUGGAGGUAGGACUUUUGAAGGUAGAGAAAUAAAAGGGCUGAAAAUUUCUCAUGGCAGUGGAAGAAGAGCUAUUUUUAUCGAAAGUGGAAUACAUGCAAGAGAAUGGAUAGCUCCAGCAACGACAAAUUAUAUUAUUAAUGAAUUGUUAACAAGCAAUGAUGCUGAUACAAUGGCAGCUGCUAGAGAUUACGAUUGGUAUAUAUUCCCUGUAACCAAUCCAGAUGGCUAUAUUUGGUCCCACGAACAGUUCCGAAUGUGGCGUAAGAAUCGCAGACCAAUAACAGCAGAUGCAGUUGGUGUUGAUCUAAACAGAAAUUGGAACAGUAAUUGGCUAGUUCACGGCUCGAGUCUUGAUCCAUCAACAGAUAACUAUGCCGGCCCUGGACCGUUUUCGGAGCCCGAGUCCAGAUCAUUGUCAGAAUACAUCCGUGGUAUUAAUAACAUCGAUCUGUAUCUGUCUAUGCAUUCGUUUAGUGAACUAUUGUUGCUACCUUUUGGAAAUUCCACGGGACAAUACGCUUAUUAUUUGGAUGCUUUGAAUAUUGGAAGACGUGCAAUGGGUGCUUUAUCGGUUCGACAUGGGACACAAUACGUCACAGGAAGCAUAGCAGAAGCAAUAUACUUGGCUACUGGUGGAAGUAUUGACUGGGUCAAAUCGCACCUGAAUGUCCCACUUGUUUACUGUUAUGAGCUGCGCGACAGAGGAGAAUAUGGAUUUCUCUUACCUCCCGAACAGAUCCUGGAUAAUAGCCAAGAAGUCAUGGAUUCCUUACUAGAGAUCAUCCAUCAAGCAAAACGAUUUGGCUACAUGGACAGUGGCAGUGACAUCAUAUGAGUUUCUGUUUUAAAUAUAUUAAUUUUUUGUAUUGUUUAUUUAUUGAAGUAAAGCAAUUUGUUUUUUGGAUCACAUCACAGCCAAGAGCGAUUCGAGCGUGCGAAGUGUCUCAUGCAAUUAUUUCAUAAUAAAAAUAAUAGCAGAA